CCUAUCACAAAAUAUCUCGACUUUGGAUGAUAUACCUAUUCAAGCGAUAGAUGGUUCAGACGUAAUGACGAACGAAAACCCGCGAGAAACCCUUGUUCUGGUUGGGGUUUUCGGGACCUUGUCUCUGGCGGUCAUGGCUCUGCGGCUUAUUUUGCGGAGGAUCAGGAACCAGCCGUUCAAUCUAAGUGACUACCUCACAAUGACAGCAAUCCUGUGCGUUCUUGCUCGCUCGGCAUUGACUACAGUCGUUUUACUCUGGGGAAACAACAACAUGCCCAGGCCCGCCCCUGAAAUGAGCGAUACUGAAAUCUACAAGCGAACUGCUGGCAGCAAAUUGACCAUGGCCAAUCGGGUGGUAUACAACACCUAUCUCUGGAUCCAGAAAUCAGUUGUCUUGCUUCUCUGCCAACGUAUACUGACUGGGUUACCGACUCCGGAGCGCAUUAUUACCGGCUACUGGGGUGUUCUGUUCGCUAGCAUGGUAGCUGUCCAGGUAACCACAUGGACUGAUUGCUCGCCCGUGCAUUUAUAUUGGCAGGUCUUGCCAGAUCCAGGAAGCUGCAUCCAAGGAGAUAUAGAAUUGAUAACCUUGGUGGCGUUGAACGUUGCGACUGAUGCCAUGCUCAUUCUACUACCAAUGCCAUGGUUAUUCCGCAUAAAGCGAUCGCUGAAACGGCGGCUUCAGCUCAUUGGUAUAUUCUCUAUCGGCUUGCUGGUUAUUGCUAUUGCGGUGGUUCGUCUUCCAACAUACCAAAAUGCUACUGCACAAGUAAACCGUAAUACAUGGGGAUCAGUGGAGGAGUUUUUCUCAGCAUUUGUCGCCAACGCACCCACCAUUGUGACUUUACGGAAAAAGCAGGCCGAUCGUACCAACCAUGCUUCAUUCAGUAACACAAACUCUUCAAACCGUCCCACGCAAGGAGCCCAAUCGACACCACGAAUGGGUCGUGUGGGUUUUACUGGAUUAGAUAAUAACGGUAUAUUGGUCACGGAUACCAUCCAAUUGUCGUAUAGCAUACACAGACCGUUAGAAGCACACCGACGAAAUGCAAAUACGAUCACUCCUCAAACGAGUGACGAAGCGUUGGUUGGAAGUGUCUGAUGCUGGAGAGCAUCGAAUUAUACCCUACUCGAAAAACCAGUAUAUCUGAAUAUGAUAAUAUUGAGAGGCGG